AUGACGGCUUUUGAAUCAGUCAGUGCAAACUUGUUCAUCCUCCUGGCCCUCUCGCCCCUCGUCACUCCCAUACUCAACCUCAUCCGAGGCAGCCAGUUCAACCCCGAGGGCAAGCAUGUCUACUUGACGGGAGGAAGUAUCGGUCUCGGAAGGGCUGUGGCUAUCGAAUUAGCAAAGCAGGGUGCCCAUGUCACCAUCAUCGCCCGUAAGGAGGGACCUCUCAAGGAGACCGUUGAGCUCAUGAAGGAGGCAGCAGCUACGCGCAAGGUCAAGAGCGAGCAAAAGUUUCACUGGGUGAGCGCUGAUCUGACGGACAGGGAGCAGGCGAUUCGGGCACUGGACGAGGCCUCAACAUUGCACGGAGGACGAGUCCCCGAUUUUGUGAUGACCUGUGCCGGAACCUCGAUCCCUCGCUUCUUUACCGAUGCCCCUAUUGAGGACUUUGAAUGGCAGAUGAAGGUCAACUACUUUGGCACCCUCUACACUGUCCACGAGGCUUACAAGCGCAUGGUCGAGAAGGGUGUGAAGGGCAAGAUCGUGAUGACAUCCUCAACCCUUGGACUGGUCGGUCUCGUCGGUUACACUUCCUACUGCCCCACAAAGUUCGCCCUCCGCGGUCUGGCCGAAUCCCUCCGCAACGAGGGUCAUCUCCACGGCAUCACCACCCAGAUUUACUACCCAGGCACCAUGUUCUCGCCCGGUUAUGAGACCGAGAACUUGACCAAGCCCCUGUUGACGCGUGAGAUUGAGGGCUCCACGGGAUUGACCCCCGAAGAUGCGGCCAAGGGCAUGUUGAAGGGGUUGAGGAAGGGGUACUUUGCGGUCACGACUGAUUUCGACACCAACUUUUUGAGAGUCGCCGCCAAGGGUGUUACGCCUUAUGCCAACAUUGGAUGGGAUUACAUCCUCGGCCUCAUCGCCCCAAUCGGCGCCACCUCUUUCUUGUGGGAGGCAGAUGGCAAGGUCCUCAAGUACGGCAAGAAGAACCUCAAGAAGGAGCUGUAA